GCUGGUGCGUGACCGCCCCCCCCCCGCCCCCGCACAGUCGUCCCAAGGCCUGGAAGGUGAUUCGGUCCGUUAGGGUCGGAGCCAUGGCGGAAAAGCCUCCAGAAAAUGAGGACAGCCGCCCCCCGCGCGGGCCCAGCGUCCCCGACAUCCGCAACCUGUGGACCAUCUCCUCGCUGUCGCAGAUGAACCCGGCCGACAGGGUGCCGGCCGCCUACCAGGACAGGCCCGGCCCGUCCAGCGACACCCAGAGCCAGGCGGGCCACGACUCGGAGGUGGACUGGGAGGAGUUCAGGGACCCCGAGAGCUUCUCGGACAGCGACGUGGACGAGCUGGACGAGCGCACGAUGCUCCGCCUGCGGCUGCGGCUGCGGCGCGGCAGCUCCAUGAGCUCCCACCUGGGGCAGGAGAAGGUCUCCAAGAUGGAGCAGGAUAUAUCUUCCUCAUUGUCCUCGAUCAGCUUCUCCAAGCAUGCUCCCCAUCAAGCCUACUGGGUGGAGCAGCUGAACAGGCUGCCACUGCCUCUGGGGGAACUCAUGGAGAGUGAAGUUCUGGAGAUCCUCACCAAAGCCCUCAAGAGCUACAAGAAGGGGAUCGGCCCAAACCACUUCCUGACCUUGGAGCUCGAGCGGCACAUCCAGGAGCUCCGCAGGCGCCGCACCAGGAAACUCCGCGCCCUGGCGAAGUGAGCGGGAGCACCGCCUCGGGGCCCGGCCCUGCCCGGCCCGGCCCCGUCCCCGUCCCCGUCCCCGUCCCCGUCCCCAGACCCAUGCCCCGACCCGCACACGUGGAAUGGCAGCCCAGAGAAAUAAAAAUGUAAGCCUGG